CUUGAAAACGAAAGAUAGCAAAAAGUUAUAUUGCUCUUUAUUCUGUUGUAUUUGUCAGAAUUUGCCAUCCUCCUGACCUCCUCUGUUUUCCAAAACAAACUUCACGCUACAAGCUUCUCUCAUUGGGCUUCAUCAUCUUGUGGUAAGUUCUGUUUCUUUUUUGCUUUUUCAAGCUGGCUUCAAGAUGCUUUCUUGCACAAGUGUAAAACCCUAAUCAAGAUAGACGUUGCCAAGAUUCAUUUGCAGAAGCUGCUGCACAAUCUCCUCAACGCAUUCUUCAUACACCCUUCUGAAAUUUCGGAAAAAUGGCAACUAGUAUAGCUUCUGGAAGUGCCAAUCUACACUUCCGCGAGACUGGUUGCUGGCAACAGAGUUUGUUUUCUCGGGUGGUGUCGCAGAGAUGCUGUCAGAAGUUUUCAUGGUACUGUUUUAGUCAUCUACAAAAUCUUCAUAUUAAUUUCAUGGGAAUUUUUCUAUUAUUUGGUACAAAACUACCAUUGGGGCUAAUAUUAUGGCUACAAGCGGAUGUACGUAUGUAACAGUAGCAUUUGCCUAUCUUUCUGGUAGUUUAUUGUCGUUUCAAGGGAUUUUCCUAACUUUCUUAACUUUUAAUGUGAUUUACCACAUUUUUACCUAUCUCUUGACAGUUAAUGUGAUUUACUGCAUUUGUGCCAAUCUUUCUUUGAAGGUUAACAUGGUUAACCACAUUUCCCCCCUUGUUCUUAGAAGGAUAAUGUGGUUUAUCGCAUUUUUGCCUACCCUUCUUUGAGGUUGAUUUGACUUAUUACAGUUUUGCAAAUCUUUGUUUGAAGAUUAAUGUGGUUUACCAAAAAUUUUCUAUCUUUUUGGUUUGUGGUAUAUAUUGUAUGUUACAGGUCACAUGGGGUGUCUAACAACUUGCAAAUCAAGAGAUACAGUUAUCUGAUUGGCGAAACGCAAAGGCCCUUCCAAACAGUUGUAACAUCAUGCAUUAGAGAUGAUUCCACAAAGUAUUUUGAUUUUGCUGUUAUUGGUAGCGGAGUUGCUGGUCUUCGAUAUGCUCUUGAGGUCGCAAAACAUGGUACGGUUGCUGUAAUAACAAAGGCCGAACCUCAUGAAAGCAAUACCAAUUAUGCACAGGGUGGUGUUAGUGCUGUGUUGUGCCCUUCUGAUUCGGUGGAGAGUCACAUGCAGGAUACAAUUGUAGCCGGGGCUUAUUUAUGUGAUGAGGACACUGUUAGAGUAGUGUGUACAGAAGGACCUGAGAGAAUUAGGGAAUUGAUAGCCAUGGGUGCAUCAUUUGAUCAUGGAGAGGAUGGAAACUUGCAUCUAGCAAGAGAAGGUGGUCAUUCUCAUCACAGAAUAGUACAUGCUGCUGAUAUGACAGGAAGAGAAAUCGAAAGGGCACUUCUCAUGGUAGUUGAGAAUGAUCCCAACAUUUCGGUUUUCAAGCAUCAUUUCGCUAUUGACUUGUUGACUUCUCAGGAUGGAUCUGACAUGGUUUGUCAUGGUGUUGAUACUAUGAAUACAAAAACAUGCAAGGUGGUACGAUUUAUUUCAAAGGUGACUUUGCUUGCUUCCGGUGGCGCAGGGCAUGUCUAUCCAUCCACCACAAAUCCACCGGUGGCUACUGGAGAUGGAAUAGCAAUGGCACAUCGAGCUCAAGCUAUAAUUUCGAACAUGGAAUUUGUGCAGUUCCAUCCAACAUCACUAGCAGAUGAAGGCCUCCCGAUCCCACCAACCAAAACCAGGGAAAACGCGUUCUUGAUUUCUGAAGCUGUGAGGGGUGAUGGUGGCAUUCUGUAUAAUCUUGAUAUGGAAAGGUUCAUGCCGAUGUAUGAUGAACGGGCCGAGCUCGCACCGAGAGACGUUGUGGCUAGAAGUAUAGAUGAUCAGAUUAAAAAGCGGAAGGAGAAAUAUGUUCUUCUAGAUAUCAGUCAUAAAGGAAGAGACAAAAUUCUUACCCAUUUUCCUAAUAUAGCUGCUGAGUGCCUCAAGUAUGGUAUUGAUAUAACUCGCCAGCCGAUUCCGGUGGUUCCGGCUGCUCAUUAUAUGUGUGGAGGGGUUCGAGCUGGUCUUCAAGGGGAGACCAACGUUCGUGGUCUAUAUGUGGCAGGUGAAGUUGCAUGCACAGGAUUACAUGGGGCAAACAGACUUGCUAGCAACUCCUUGCUAGAAGCACUAGUAUUUGCCCGCAGGGCCGUUAAGCCGUCAAUAGAUCACAUGAAAGCGUCCUACAUAGAUCAAAGCGUUUCACGAUGGUGGGACCCACCCGUCAUUCCUAUGCAGCUAGGGUGCAACAUUCUGGACAAGAUCAUCAAGAGGACAAAAGAAGUUAGGAAGGAACUACAGUCAAUCAUGUGGGAGUACGUUGGGAUUGUGAGGUCCACCACAAGGCUAAAGACUGCUGAGCAGAGGAUCGGGGAGCUGGAACUCGAAUGGGAGGCUUACUUGUUUCAACAAGGAUGGGAACCAACGAUGGUUGGGCUCGAGGCUUGUGAAAUGAGGAACCUGUUUUGCUGUGCGAAACUGGUGGUGAGCAGUGCUCUGACGAGACACGAAAGCCGUGGACUCCAUUACACCAUCGAUUUCCCGCAUGUUGAUGAACGAUCAAGAUUGCCGACCAUCAUCUUCCCGAAUUGUUCAACCAUGAAUACAACUUGGAGUUCAAGGCAACUUCACAAGCAGCAGAUGUGUUAGCAGAAAGCUUUAGGGACACCAUUUUUGGCGAACAGCUUAUUUGUGUAAUAAACCAAAAGGAAAGGAAAGGAAAGUUAAAAGUAAAUCUUU